GUCAAGAAAACUCAGCGAAAGAAUCUCAACCAAGUCAAAGGAAUUUGUUGUUCAGAAUAGAGUGAGCAGCUUUCAUUCGUUUGCUGUCAGGUGUAAAUGCACUUGUAACUGACCGAGAAGCUGAUGCCGAUGUAGUCAGGGCAGAAAUGUCGACAAUGUCGAUUUGCAGCAAAGGAUGAGGUUCGAUCUCUUGUAUGAAAUUGGAAAAGGUGGAUUUGGUGAAGUAUUUGUCGCCCAGGAGGGUCGACGAAAAGUAGUGGUCAAGCGAUGCCAGAGAAGCCGUGUUUGCUUCAAUGAAGUAUCUAUUUAUCGUUAUAUUGAGGAGAAAAGAGGACAGAAUGCAUCACUUGCUGAUCGGAUCAUACAGUUACUGGACGUGCAAGAAGAUCGAUCCAGUGCUGAUGUGAAUCAUGGAUUUGUAUAUUUAUUAUUGGAGGAAGCCGAGGGCUGGAGAAUAGCGGAUCAGAUUCACCGUGACUUGUUUAGUUAUGUGUCUCAUUGUAGUAACGUUCACAACGUAGAGGUUAGACAAUGGCUGAUACAGGUCGUCGAUGCUUUGCUCUUUCUACAUGGCAUUGAGGUGAUCCAUCGUGACGUCAAGCCACACAACAUGCUGCUAUGUGCUGGUGGACAGCUGAAACUGUGUGACAUGGGUACGGCUGUACGUCUUGAUGACCCUGGUCAGGCACGCAGCGGUGGCGGAACACCGAACUAUAUGGCACCGGAGAUAUUUAACUCCGACCAACUACCGAUGAAAGCGAGCGACUUGUGGUCACUUGGGGCCACGCUGUUCUUCCUGUUGGAGAAGAAAGCUCCAUUCCAGGCGAAGGACAUUGCCAGCGUACAGCAGAGAGUGUGUUCAUGUGAUUAUGAGCUUGCAAAGACAGUGCCUGCUUGGGCAAAGUCCCUGAUCGCUCAGCUCCUGCAGCCAGACCCUGGUCGGCGACUGCCGCUCUCGGCUGUAAAAGAGCAGCUAGAGUCUUGCCUGUCACUGGACAAGUCUAAAUCUGACGCCGGUGGCGGCGGCGGUGUUGCCAAUGCCAGCGGCUCUGGCCUGUCUGAACAGGUGAACGGAACGUCCAGCAACAAGCCAGCGCGCCUGUCAGCCGAAGGCCUGCGUACAGAGUCACGCGUUAGCAAGACACAUCAGUACGAGCUGCGCUCCGAUGGAUGGGUAACCCUGGUUGAUAAAGUCUACAAUCGGCGACUGGAGGUAUCCCGCGAUGGAGGCCAGGUUGUGGAAGUGAACAAGGAUGCUAAGAAGAUGUACACCUAUGAUAGCAUGCCGCGACGGCUGUUCCACUUCUACGGCCUCCUCCAGCAGUUUGUUGAGCACCUGCGCGCCUGGACGAUCAAGGGUCGCUGCUACACGGCCAACUCCUACUCGUCGCUGGUGGAGAGCGGUCGUUUCCGCUUUUGGCUCUGGACCGGUGCUGAUGUCACUAAGCUUGGUUUACAGCCGUCCGGUCGUGUGGAGAUCACUCUAGCUAAUGGUACACGUUCUCAGUUUUCCAGCAUGAACAAUGCAAUCGCCGCUGGUCACAGGGACAUCUGUGAGCAGGCGUGGAAAGGGCUGACGGAGCUACGUGAGGAUGUUAGAAUUGCGGUGGAGAGAGGCCGGCCACUGCCUGUGGUGCACGGGCUGCGUUCAAGCUGGAUGCAAGCUCCGAACACCACAACCAGUAUGGCCAGUGGAAGUCUGCUGCACUAACACUUGAUCUGUGUCACUCUACUUGCACACCUCCUGUUGUGCCUGCUCCCGUCGCCGAUAUGUCUUUCUCCAUGCUGGGCUGAGCUUGAUUGCAACCGGAGCGAGCCUAGUCUCUCGUUGCCGCGGUUCAUUUCCCCCAUUUUGGUUCAAUGUCACGAAAUCCGAUCCUCUAGUUUGCUUUAGUUCUGCAGUAGAAUUAUGCUAGGAACUGUUGCUUCUGUACAUGCACCCUAGUCCCAGGUCAUCACCAGUAUCGUUUCGUAACACUUUCCACUCCUGCCACCCAUUGCAGUGGGAGCAAGGAGUCUUCUGUAAAUCUACUUCGUAAGUUUCGGCCUGUGAAGUACUUCACCUGCUGCUUUCGUCCGUCAGUAUCCGCUGCACAUUGCCAACGCCUUGAUCUCCGCUUCUGGCAACUCUAUUUUUAUGUUUAUUUUUUAUCUCGUAGUGUGUACGGGUGAAGCUACUGCACAUAGCGCUCUGCUCAGGUACUUUGUUAGCCACUCCAGUGUAUAAGCUUUUCAACGGUGAACUUCGUUUCAAGUCCUUUUAGAUACUUUGCGUUCGCAAUAGUAACUAUUUUCAAACUACUCGUAUUAAAACCAGCAUCAACGUUACUGUUAUUACUAUUAUUCUUGACCUCAGCUUUCUUUCUGAUUGAUCGUAAUUGUCCCAUAGCACUAUCAUGUCUCAGCAAUCUAGGAUUCGCAGCAUCUUGUAUGUACUAUUAGUUAUGUAUGCUUUAGUAGACUGUGCCUGCGUGCAAGGCAGCCGCCAGAA